UUUUUUUUCUGGACAUUUUUUCUUCAGUGCGUUUAUAGUACUUAAUCAGGAGAAAUUACGUCUGCCUCGAUCCCUCUUCUCCAGUCCAGUGGGACACCAGGAGUUUCACCGUCAAAGAUGACUCUACUAGCUUCAGAGCGCUCCAUGCUCAUCAGGAGCAAGUUCCGCUCAGUUCUGCAAUUGAGAAUGCAGCAUCGGCGCACUCAGGAACAGAUGUCAGAGCGCAAUUUAAUCCCAUCACCAAAUAAAACACAAUCACCUUUCCAACACCAAAAUGGCAAUGUGGGUCAAAUCAAAACUGAAGAUAUUAUGAGGUUCAAGAAUCAAAACAAGCUCCACAAAGUGUCAGCUGCGAAGAUGCAUUUUUCUGAAGAUUCUCUAGUUGAAUCUGAUGAACUUAAGGAAAAAAAAGCUCGUCUGGCUGAAGAUUUGAAUGAAAAGAUUCUUCAUCGUCCUGGGCCUUUAGAACUAGUAAAGAAGAAUAUACUUCCUUUAGCUACUGGUAUAAAAGAUGGACUAAAGGACCAGAUGCAAAUGUCUUCAUCUUCUGAUACUUUCUCAUUUGAAGAUGACCUCAGCACCUCCUCGUCUUCAUCUUCAACCGCUUCUUCUCCACGCUUUGCACCUUCUCCAGGCUUGUCAGUGAAUCUAUCCCCAACAUCUCCCAACACUGUUUUUCAGCUGGAUCUUCCCCAGAUAAAUAAUGUGAAUCCAACUGUAGGGACAGUGAAUGAGUCUGAUUCUGUAGCAAACAGGCCAGCUACCCAUCAUCCCAUUCAGGCUUCAGCUCAUGUACCUAAGGUCUUAGCUAAGCCUUCUGAUAUGGUAAAGAGCCAGAGGCAGAAGAAGUCCAAAGAUGCCAAACCAAAGGUGAAAAAGCUCAAGUAUCAUCAAUACAUUCCACCAGAUCAGAAGGCAGAUAGGUCUCCAGUUGCAAUGGAUGCUGCCUAUUCUCGCUUGCUGCAACAGCAACAGAUCUUCCUGCAACUGCAAAUACUUAACCAACAGCAAAACCAGACAUUCUGUGUACAAACCGUUCACCCUCUGACAACGAGUAUCUCAGCAGAUCGGGUGAUCAGUUUCGGUGGAACAGCUGGUACACCCACCAUAAAUCUCUCAUCUACAAGUGGUACAGCAACUAUGACAACAACCAAUUCAACCACAAUUUCCCCUCUGAAGCCAGAGUUGUUGCCAGCAAAUUUGGAUGAUCUAACUGUAUCAGAACUGCGUCAACAUCUUAGAAAACGAGGGCUUCCUGUUUCAGGAACUAAGCCUGCAUUGUUGGAACGCCUUAGGCCAUACCAAAUCUCUCGCACUAAGACCAUUCCAGCUCCAAUUCAAAGUGCAGGCUUUUUAACUCCAGUGAUUGAACUACCCUCUUUUACAAAUUCAUCAACCUGUGAAAAAACUCCAGCCCCUCUGUGUACUUUUCGGACUUUGCCGUCUACUGCCUCUGUUGAGAUUUGUCAUGAGUCUUCAGACACAUCUUGUAGUACCUCAGAAAAUUCAGAUAUUAUAGGAGGCACUGAAGACAAGGACACUUCCAUGCAGGGAAUUGAUGAAGACCAAGUGCUUUUAGAGAAGCAGAAGGUAAUUGAAAAUCUGACUUGGAAAUUGCGACAAGAGCAAAAGCAGGCUGAAGAUCUACGAGUAGAACUUGAGAUGCAUAAGCGUUUAAAAAACCGAUGCAAAAAUGAAAAAUAUAUACCUAGAUCAGCUAUUAAAAUAGAAGUAGAUGAUACAGCUUUAACAUCAUCUUGUGCAAAAGUACAGACUGAGGACACUCAAUAUUUGUACACUUUCAACAAUGAAAGGCAAGAACUGCAGCCACCUGUGCAGGAACCAUUGUCCUCAUCAGAUGCUAACAAUAGCUACAUGGUUUUCUGUACACCUUCCUGUGACUUAAUUGAGCAGGAUUUUGAGCUUCCUAUGCAGAUCACAGCAAGUCCAGAAAGCCCUGUACAGAAGCCUCGGUCUUUUGAAGAAGAACUUCAGGAGGCCAUUCAGAAAGCUCAGAUGGCUCUCUGUCAGUCUAUUGAAGAAAUUUUGGAAGAUGAACCACUAAUGCGCCCAGAUGAAUUAAUGCAUGUAGAACCCAACAUAAUGGAAAAUUUUAAAUUGGAUAAGGAACACCAACCUGCACCAUCACCUGCAUCACAAAAUGGGAAUUUUUCAAAGCCACUGCCGUGCUGUAAUGAUGCACCUCCUCAAAUGCCAACACUACCCAAUUCAGGAAUCCUGGAAUUUCCUGUUCCUGGUCACUAUGACUUCCUUUCUGGUCAGGACAGCCUUUCUGUUAUCUUUAAUCCUGAUCAAAUUGAGAUGCCACCUUCCCCACAACAAGGAGAAGAUAUGUCUCGAUCUCCCAACACCUCAUCUCGAGUUCCCUUUGAUCCAGCAGAGUGGCUGGAAGCACUGACAUCGGGAUCCACUUCCAACUAUGGACCCAGUAGUCCAAAUGGCUCUAGCAUAUUCUCCACUGACAUUUUUGAAUCACCUGAUUUAAGUAUUACUAGAAUGAUUGAUUUAAUGGUAGAGCAGUGGUAAACUGUAGCAGAUAGUAAUAUAGGAAAAUGGACACAAAUUAGUUAUAUAAUCACUAAUUAAGCAGUACUUAACAAAGAAAAUUAUCUUUGUAAUUGUAGCUUUUGCUAGAUUUGUAAGGCAGGCUGGGAUGUACUCCCAAAAUCCAGCAUAUAUUUGACAUAAGAAUUUACCUGAAUUAACCACAGUCAAUUUGUUAGACAUUAUCCUGGUUAAUACAAAAUGGAAUUGGUUAACAUUCAAAUGUAUUCAGUUCUGCUCAUUGAUACAUUCUCAUUUCUCUUGAAAAAUACAUACAAACAAUGCAUAGCUAUUAUAAUUUUAACUUGAAUUGACCAUCAAAUUAAUUAACUUUGAAAUACAAUGUAAUGAGGGUCUUGAAUUCAUGAGGUGCACUUUAAAUACAUGGUGAUAAGGUGAAAAACAUCACAAUAAUAUUUUAUUUUGUAAAAUGUUAAAAAAGAUAAACUAAAUUUCAUAAACCACUAAAUAUUCUAUAAUUUAUAAAGAAACACUUCAAAAUACUGUUUUGAAAAAUAUGAAUUUCCUGCACUAAUAUUUAUAUUUGUUCCAAAAAAAAAAUAAACAAAAAGAUGAGUCAAUUUAUGUUUCAGGUCAUGUUACACACUUCUGCUAGAUUUGUAAUUGAAAUAUAUUGUAUGAUACACACUGUUCUUGUCUAGCAUUACAACUCACAUUAGCAUUAGUAUUGUAAAUACAGAAAUAUAGUAAAUGCAUAUCAG